AGAGAGAAAGCAUUUAUUUAUAUUACGACAACUUUGUUCUGAAAAUAUAUGCUGUUUGUUCCCUACAAGUUAUGGGCAGCUGUCUGUACCAGCCAAAGGACCCAAUCCAGAGAAAGACAUGCGUACAUGCCAUUUGAGAUGUACAUGGCACUUAAGUUGUAAAAAGAAUGGCAUACUCCAUUUCAGCACAGAACUUUGUGGCCAUUUCAGAUCUGCACCCAAAUCUUGCUCGUCCUAGUAUAAUUGGUGUGGUGAUUGGGAAAACAGAUGCCAAAGGCUUUCCAGACAGAAAAAACAUUGGAUCAGAACGGUAUACUUUUGGUUUUACUGUCCGUGAUUCGCCCUCUUACUUCAUAAAUGUAAAUGCUUGGGGGAGAGAGGACUAUAUUAAAUCGCUUUCAGAAAGCUUUAGAGUUGGUGACUGUGUAAUCAUUGAAAAUCCCUUAGUACAGACAAUAGAGGCAGAAAAGGAGGAAAAAUUCAACCCUACAACUCCUUGCUGCUACAAACUACUGCUCAGUGAGAAUCACUCUGUGGUUAAAAUCUGCUCCCGCUAUGAAGUGGACACCAAACUGCUCGGCCUGUUGACUCUACCAGUGAAGGAUCCUCAAGAUUUCUACUCCCUGGGAGACAUUGUGGCUAAUGGGCAGAGCCUGGAUGGAAGAAUUAUUAACAUUCUGGCAGCUAUUAAGUCGGUUGGAGAACCAAAAUACUUCACCACUUCAGACAGACGUAAGGGUCACAGAUGUGAAGUAAGGCUGUUUGAUGAAACUGAGUCUUCCUUUGCCAUGAUAUGCUGGGACAAUGAAUCUAUCCAGCUUGCGCAGAGCUGGAUGCCUCGAGAAACAGUGAUAUUUGCAUCAGAUGUAAGAAUCAACUUUGACAAAUUUAGGAACUGUAUGGUUGCAACUGUAAUCUCAAAAACCAUCAUUACUUCUAAUCCUGAUACACCAGAAGCAAAUAUUCUGCUCAACUUCAUAAGAGAAAGUGCAGAAAUGUUAGCUUUGGAUGAUGACAUGGGAAAUCGGUUCAGAGAGUCUGUACACUUGCAGACCAUAGAUGAUGUUUAUACAGUGGAACAGUUAAAGGUGAAAGCUUUGCAGAGUGAGGGAAAACCAGAACCCUUCUAUGGCAUUAUUUUCGCCUACAUUUCUACACUGAAUAUUGAUAAUGAAACAACCAAUAUAUUAAGAAGCAGAUGUGCCAGGUGCCACUAUGUGAUCAAGGAAGAUGUGAGCACGUGCUCUUUCUGUAGCAGCUUCCCUUCCUCUUCCUCAGAGACCACGCCUGUCUUUGCCAGCUUUGACUUACUGGUUGACCUGACUGAUCACACAGGCACACUUCAAGCUUGCAACCUCUCAGAUACAGUGGCUGAGGAAACCUUAGGUUGCACGGUCCAGGAGUUCCUGACUCUGACAGAGGCUCAGAAGACAGCAUUAAAAUGGCAGCAUCUUCUCGAACGAAGCAAAAUUUAUGUUAAAGUUAUUCUUUCACCCAACUCAAGAACUGGAUUGAGAGUGAGCCUGAUUUCUUGCAGACUAGCAGAUCCAGUGGAGUCCAGUCAAAACCUGCCCAGGAAAGGAAAACAAGUCACUUUCCCAGCUUCAAAACAGCUGGAAGGAGUGUAAGAGAUUCAGUUCAUAGGAAAAUCAGAAAACUGCAUCCUGACUACAGUGGGUUGAAACAUGCUAAAAUUAUAUAUUUUAGUACUCAGCUUUGAUAUUUGUAUUGUCUUGAGUAUAAUAGGUUUAAAGAAGUUUUAGUUUAAAUCUUCCUUCCAUAUAUAGAUGCUGUUUCUUCUGAAUUAAGACCUAAACAUAGAGAAGCAAAUUUUCAUUUCAUGAAUAGUACAUUUGAGAAAACCAUGCAUAUAAAGGAGUUCUUUAAUUCUCUCUCAGCAUGCUUGACAUUAAAAAAAUUUCAAUAUUAUUUUAUAUUAAAGCUGUAAUUUCUAGUGGGAA